CUCAACUCCUCUACUCGAUUGGGGAAGAAGCCCUAAUCUCCCAAAAUUGGAGAUGACCGAUUUCGCAUCCUCAUUCCUCCACAAUCUGAAUCUCGAAGAUCCUCUGCUUCCUCCAACCUCAUGGGAAUCCAUCCCUUCCGAAAGCGGCCAUUUCCAUCUCCCUUCACCCAACCCUCUCUCCCUCCGCCACGCCUCCUCCGUCUCCGAGGCGAGUCUGGUGCGGUUGGCGAUGAAUGCACUGCAAGGAUUCGAAUCGUCGCUUGUUAGUGUCCAGAAGCUUUCGGCUGCGUUUCGCUCCGAUGCGGCGGACAGGACCUUCCAUGAGGUGCCGAGCCUGUGGAGUAGGUCUUCCAGCACUCACGCUCUGGGGAAUGUACUCCAUUCCAUAGGCUGCUCAGGUUUGCUGGUCUUUCUUCUCGGGAAAUUUGUCGAUUACUUUACGAAAUUCGAUGUUGAAGCUGGAAAUGAGGCGAAGAUGUGCCCUCCUUAUAGUCUUGUUAAUCAGGCUUUCGCCGUUGCGGUGGGGAAGGUUGUGGAGGGUUACAUUUGUGCUUUGGAUACAUUGUAUGCUUCUGUGGGGUUGAGGCGGAGUGCGCUGCCUUCUGCGGUGGGGUGUCUCAACAGUGUGGUACAUUGUGAAGUUACUUUGUUGGAGGUGUAUUUGCACACUCAGGAUUUGAGGUCUCGGAUUGAAUCGCUUGCGAACAUAUGCAACUUGUAUGGAUUUCGUGAUUGCUACUCAGCGUCUGGUAUUGAGGUGUUGCUUGCGAGAGCUAAAUCUGAGUUUUGUAAUUUCUACAGAGGAGGUGACCUACUCACGUAUCUGUAUACUCAACUGCAGGUUGCUGAUCCUGCUCAUCGGCCUGUACUAAAAUUUCUUUUUCUUCGUACAUGUGAACCAUACUUUGGAUUUAUAAGAUCAUGGAUAUUCAAAGCUGAGAUUAGCGAUCCUUACGACGAGUUUUUGGUGGAAUGUAUUCACUCUCAUUAUCCAGAUGUUGAAACCGGUAUCUCUAUUGACUUCCCAUUGGCAACUAUCAGGGAACGAGAUGGGGUUCCUGUUCCUUGUUUUUUGAAGGACUUUGUGAUUCCACUUUUCAGAGCUGGUCAGCAGCUGCAAGUUCUAGCGAAAUUGCUUCAAUUGUGUACUUUCAAUGCCCCUAAAAACCAUAAUUAUGAGAGUUUCCUUCCUUGCUGGAGUGGGGUUUCAAGCAAAUGUCCAUCUUAUGCAUCUCCAUUGACAUUCAGCAAAGGAAAUAUAGAGGCCAUGGUACUUUCAAGGGAAUAUUAUUACAAAAGGUUGCAUGACAGACUCCAGAAUCUUUUGACAGAAUUAGAGUUCAGAUUUCAACAGGUAGUUCCACAAGAGUCGGUGCCUGCUCUCUUGGAUUAUAGUGGAAGAAGUUCAGCCAUCGCAGUUUUAAUCCCACCAUUAGAUGACAGAUUUAUUGCUCCUUCAACAGAUGAUGACAGGGAGUCAAAUGUGUUGGAUGAUGAUAUGGAUUCGGACGAGUUAAGUUCAAGAGAUGGUGUACGUCACAAUGCAGAUGCCUACGAAUCAUCUGAGUGUUCAAGCUCCACUUUAUCUGAAGAACAAAAUAUUUACCAGAACAUGACUGGGUUUCCCAGUCACACUCUUGGGGAAGACCAAACUUAUUUAUCUGCUUUAAGCUUCUCAAUGAGUACUCCAGUUGAUACUUUGCAAAAGCCCCAUAGAUGUGCAGAUUCAUGUCUUUUAGAUGAGAAUAGUAGAAUUGGUGAAAGAAAAGAUGCCUGUAAGCAUUCUCAUCAUAAGUGCUUACUUACAAGUCAGAUAUUGGAUGAUCAAUUUUCAGAUUGUGUCACUGAUAAGGACCGUCUGGAAAGAGAUUAUUUUGAGAAACAGUCUGUCAUGGAUUUAGAGUACAAAGAAGGCCUGAAGUCACAUCCAACAGACUUUGCCUCGCAGGUGAAUGAAAGGAUAAUGGGAGCCUUAAAGGAAGGUUCAUCAUAUUUUAGAAAAACAAUCUUGGAUAGUAAUGCUUUAAUAGAAGAAGCCUUUGGCAACGUUGGACCUCAGAAGGCCAGUUAUGCAUCUGAUACAUUUGCAUUACGACAGUUGAAGGUUAAUUACCAUAACAAAUUUCUCAGCAUGAACCCAAUGUUGACAAAGAAUAAUUUUCUUCACCUAACGUCCAGGCCGGGAGAGUGUUGCGAGUCAGAUAUUGGGGAUUCUUUGCCUUACUUCAAUUUCUCUCAAAUAAAAGAUCCUUGUAAGGUGUUUCCAGUAAAGGUUCCUGUAGGGCUCAUGGAUGCUAAUGCCUCCACUACCAGUGUUAGGAGUGAUCACCCUGUGAAACAAAGUUUUGCUAAAGAUGAUGUUCUGAUUGAAAGAACAAUUGUAUCUAACCUUCUGCCAUCUGCAGACUCAACAAGCGAUAGCAAGGGGGAUGCUACUGUAACCAAUGUUUCUGGCGGUAGUUGUUGGGAGAGUUUGCUUGGUAGAUUUAAUGACACUGUUGUUAAUAAAGUUGAAGAUUACAGUGAAAGCUUGACGGCCAUUUUUGACAUACCACUUGAUUUUAUCAUUGACAAAUGCGUUCUUCAGGAGAUUAUGUUCCAAUAUAAGUAUGUCAGCAAGUUAACUAUUAAGUUGCUUGAAGAAGGAUUUGAAUUGCAAGAACAUUUGCUGGCUCUGCGACGAUACCACUUCAUGGAAUUAGCAGACUGGGCAGAUUUGUUUAUUAUGUCCCUUUGGAAUCAUAAAUGGAGUAUUACACAGGCAGAUCAUAGACUUUCCGAAAUUCAAAGUUUUCUCGAGUCAUCAGUUCAGAGAUCAUCAUGUGAACGUGAUCGUAAUAAGGACAGGUUAUUUGUGUACCUCAAAGGACAUGAUGCAGUGCCCCUUUCAGCAUCUGCUAUUGGAGUCCAUUCCUUCAACUUUCUUGGUUUGGGAUAUCGAGUGGACUGGCCCAUCAGCAUUGUUUUGACUCCUGAUGCAUUGAAAAUAUAUGCCAAGAUAUUCAGUUUCUUGAUACAAGUGAAACUUGCUCUGUUUUCAUUGACCGAUGUGUGGUGCCAAUUGAAGGAUCUAUUCCACUUGGCUAGUUGGAAUAGCCACUCUGAGGAACAUGAAAAGGAAUUGAGCCAUUUUAAAGCAUUAGUGAAAAUGAGGCAUCAGGUCCAUCACUUUGUAUCUACCUUGCAGCAAUAUGUGGAGUCACAGCUAUCACAUGUGUCAUGGUGCAGGUUCUUAUACUCACUUAAGCAUAAGGUCAAAGAUAUGAUGGAUCUUCAGUCUGUGCACAUGGCAUAUCUCUUAGAUUCACUUCACAUAUGUUUCCUCUCCGAUGAAACAAGACCUAUAGCUUGCAUCAUUGAGAGCAUUCUGCAGUGUGCUCUAGACUUUAGAUCUUGUCUUACUGGGAGGGUAUGCGAUGCUGGAACAGGUCAAGCGAAUUUAAUUGCAAGACUCUCUGGAAUAAAUAUAUCCCAGGUUAUUUCCAUAAAACACACCUUUGACAAGAGUAUAAAGGAACUGCACUUCUGUUACCUCAGAUCACCUAAACAUGGUGAGUUUGGACUCUCUCACUUCUGGGAAUACCUGAAUUACAACAAGUAUUACUCGGAUACUGCUUCCAUGGUCUAAAGCUCUGUGAUAUGAUAUUUUCCGUUACUGAUAAAUCGGGAUCUGUAUAUAUGCUUGAAGCAUCGAUGGGUAACAGUAGAAAAGAAGUUUCUAGCUGAUGUGUGAAAUUUUUCUCCAGUUCUGUUGCUCGUUACAUACAAGUUAGGAUAAUCAUGUCAUAUUUUUGUUUGGCUCCUUUGCAUAGCAAGGAUUGUAAAUAUAUGUAAGAAAUGAUUUUAUACGUGGUGAUUAUGAAGAAGACAUCAUUUGGUGCCGACUUUCC